GUCAGUUUUAUUUUGGUGGUCGUCUCUUAUGACUGGUGGGCUGAACUAAAGCUGCUCGCAACACCGGAAAUUUUCGACGCUUCUCUGUGUCCUGACGCCCGUCGUGUUGACUAUUGAACUGUAGUUAAGUGCUUGAGAUUAAAAAAGGUUGAAUCCGGGCAGCUUUGGAGCGGGUCGGCGAGCAGCUCGCGCCCAAACGCAGCCAGCGAGACUUCCGUCAGCCGGCUGACAGCCUGCCUGCUGGCCGUGGAGCCGUAAGGCGCUAGUGUUGCUGGGGCGUGCAGUUGACGGUCACCAUGGCCCGUCGCGGUGCGGGUUGCCCGUUGAUAGCGUACCGUGGCGACGAGCCGCUACCCGGCUUACAGGAGCUCUUUAAAAAGGGCGAGCAGAAUGUUGAGGUGGUCAUCUCGCCAGAGUACAUGACGAAAGAUAACAAGCGGGUCAAGUCGCGGCAGAUCUGGGGUGACACGGUGUACACGUCGGACUCGGACCUGGUGGCGGUGCUAAUGCACAUGGGCUUCUAUGCACACUACCUCUCGCACCCUCCCAACACCGUGGCGGAGUUCCGCGCGCUGCUGAAGCUGCUCCCACCUCAGGAGAAGUACAACUCCCGCGCGCGGUUCGUCAAGUCGCGGCUGUGGUGCUCACCCGGUGACGGCUGCUCGUACCAGGUGGAGCGGUGCUGGCUGACGACGCGCACUGGUACCGCCAUCGAUUUGCAGCCGUGCGUGGACGAGGUGCCCGCGCCCUACCCCACCGUGCAGCCCAUGAAUGCGGACCGCCAGAUGACCACCCGCACCAAGAGCAAGGUGAGCCAGGAGGUUUCCAUCCAGUUCAAUCUGUGCAAUGAGCCCUGGCUCAAGUACACGCUGUCGGCCAUCGCGGACAAGGGCAUGAAGCACAGCGGCUGGACCAGCGCGCGCCUGCGCAGCGAGGUCCUGUUCCUGGAGACCAACAGCGAGCGGUACCAGCUGUGCAACGUGUCGAUAAGCGACGACCCCAAGGGCAAGGACUUGUUUACUUUCGCGCGCUGCAAGGCGCCGCUGCCGAUCAGCCUACUGCAGAAGACGGGUGUGCCCCAGCCGGCGGAGCUGGUGGAGGUCGUGGAGAAGGACAUUGAGUGGGAGGAGUUCAAGUGGGGCGUGUCCUCGGUGAACCUGCGCGGCAAGGAGUACGUGCUGAAGCGGAUGCACUUCAUGAGCAACACACGCGGGGGCGACCUGGAGCUGUAAGCCCGUGCAGGCGGGGCGGGGAGACGGCGCGUAGUUGGGGCGUGAAAGAUUGGCGAUGUUGUUGUGUGCUAUGUUGCUAACAGCCAGCACAACAGGAUGAUGUGGACAUGGGCAGUGGGAACUGAGGCAUGAGUCUAGAGCUCGAGACUGGACAGAGGGCAGCUAGGGAGCUGAGGCUCGCGCUGGAGGUGGAAAUGUUCGAAGCAAUGCGCCAUGCAGUGCAGGGAAGUACCGGAUGUCGACGGCGCUCUAUAGAUACGCAGGUUGGGCCUAGGCCCCUCACGGGCCGUCGUAUACACGACGAGCCCGCUAUGGUUGCGGUGUAGCCUGGCGUGGUGGUCAGUCCGGGUGAACCAGGUCAAAUGCUACUUGACGCCAGCUCAUGGCAACUUAAUGACGAGUGUUGCGGAACUAAUGCGUACGCAGACCAGAGCGGAACUUGUGCUAAUCGGCAUUGUCUCACACGUGUCAGCCCUGGGCUACGGUGCUUGCCGCCAUGUUCUAAUCCUAUGUUGGGCGCCUGGGGCGCAAGUUGCAGCGUGGUCUGUGGACGGCGCCAUUUAUCCAAGCUGACACGACAAAGUUUCUGGUUUACUAUAGGUUACCUGCCCCUGAACAUGUCAUCCUGGGUGGUCUCGCGAAGGCCGCGGGCAUAGUCCUCAGGCUCUUGGCACGCCCUGAAUACCCAUCGCACAACUGCUCCUGCGUGUCAUACCCCCUGGGCCCCUUGCGGUACUGAAGUCUCUCCCUUUCCCAGGUCUAGGCUACCGUGCAUCACCAGAUAGCGUCACGCAGUCAAGCGCAUGUAAGGAAGGGCAGCA